AUGGCUCCCAUCGAGACCCCGGAGGUGUUCUUUCCUUCGCUAGCUGAAUGUUUCAGCGGGGAGAAGCAUCUGCUAUCCUGGAAAGCUGUCUACGCCGCUCUCUGCGACCCGGGAACCGUCGACCAAAACCAAGUCCUCCGGUCGUUCCUCACCGACAGGACCAGUGUUCUCAUCCUCAGCCAUCCAUUGGCACCCUACAAAGGUCCCUCUUCAGGUGCCAAGGGCAAAUUCGAAACCGAGACCGCUGCCAUCAACGUGACUCCCUCUCCCAAUGGACACUACAAAAUCGACGAGAUCAAGGAAGAUGCUUUGUGGCUGUCCGGUGUCGCACAGAUCGAUGAGGUCUCUGCGCUGAGAACAGUCGUUCUGGAAUGGCAGAUACGGCCCACAUUACAGCUGCUGAAUGGCUUCACGGAAGAGGAGGCCAUCAGUGUGCAAGAUGCCGCCGGGUCAUCCAAUCUUGGAGCCUCCACAUUCUGGGCGAAUUCCUCGAUUCUUGCCGCACCGGUUGGAGCGAACGCGCAAUCGGCAUCCCUAUUCAACUCACGCGAGCAACGGCAAUUGCGACUCCUAGACCUUCAUCUUUCCGAGAAAGCGCAUAUAUUACGUGUUAGCCAAAUUCUGAUAUGUAGAGCGGCCCCGGAAGACUUGCGUUCCAUCAAGCAUACACAGCAGAGAUCCAGCUCGGGAAAAACUACUUCUAAGAGAACAUGGGUUGAAGAGGUUGGCGAGACAAUCUUGCAACUACAACGGAAAGCGCGCGAGAGCGCAUCGCCGCAGCAGGACCCCCUCAUUGCGUACGUUGAUGCCAUUCAGUCUCGUAUGGAAGCUAUGGGGCAAGGUUCCAAAUGGGAGAUCCCAGAGUCCAUACAACCUACUGCGGAGGAAAAAUGGAACACAUAUCAGGUCGUCGAGAUCGUUCACAUCCUACACCUGCUGUUCAUCCACGUCGACAUCUUCACGGAGAAUCUACCAACCGGCGACGCAGCUCUAAAGUGGUUCAGGUUCAUGGAUACAUGGAGCUUCUUCGCUCAAAUCCCCUUUAACCUACCCGGCCAGAUAUCUUUAAUCCCUCUCAUGCAAUUGUUUGUGGCGACGAUCUCUUUAGCUAUCCUCAAGAUACCCCAGGCACUCGAACACCUAGAGUCAGAAAGAUUCGGUCUUGAUGGAAGCUCGGCAUAUAUCUCACAGCCAGGUUGCCUUCGCGAAUUAAGCGGAAUCUUCAGAGCCACUGAGCUUCCAAGCCCUGCGAGUCCUGUCAUUUUAGCAUGGGGCACCCUGGGAUACGCACUACGAUGCCUUGUCGGCGAUAUCGUCUAUGAGCGCGAGAACCGAAUCGCAUCCGAGGGAGUAGACCUCUUGAGCGGGACAAGUCCACUCGAGGACGCCGGGACUGCUAUCGAUGACAGAGAAAAUCUAGACGACAGCCCGACCACACAAAGCCUUGCCGAAUAUGCCGCAAAUACUGGAGUUUGCUCACUGAUCGCCGAACUUGCUCAGAUGGUUACCUCAACAUUUGGCACAAGUACCGAUAUCUUGACCGCUGACCGACAGCGAAAGACUUUGUUGGACCUCUUCCGUGCCUGCUUAGGAUUGAAGUUGGUGAGGUACUCGCCUGAUGUCAUCUGGGCCACCUUGGCUAUCAUGUCUCCUCGACAGACCUCUUGGGAUUGGCUGGAAAGCGGCCCAGGCACUCGACGUGACCCAAUUGUCGAUUUUGUCCUGGCUGACGUUGACGUUUUGUCUCCUAGCUUGAUCCUCGAAUCGCAAUAUCGCUAUCCGUACGAAACAGUUCCCUUGAUGAAGUUUUGCAGCGUUAUUGCUCAAAGCCUCCAGGGAGAUGCAUUAAGACGGGACAUAAUUGGGCCACUUCUUACGAAGGUGACAAACUUCUCGCAAUCUAUGCGAAAACAUUUCGAUGACUACGAAUCUAUCAGAGAAGAAAUGAAUGAAAACUGGGUCGCCCUCAAGUCAGAUCUCCCGCUGUUUCAAAAAAUCAGGACGAAGCAGAGGCGGAUAACAGCGUCAAGCCAACCCCAAGAUCAUGUGCCAAUAGAGGAUGAGAUGUACAUUCCGCAAGGUACAGCCGGACAAGUUGUCGACAACAGCGUACAGCCUUUCGUUGCGAGUUGGCAAUACCAUCAUUCCGCUCUAAAAUAUCUGGCAGUCCUGCUCUCUACGUUCAUGACCGGCGCCAGCUACGUAGAACAUGCUACUGAGGAUCGUACCUCAUUAGACAAUGCGUCCGAGAUCAUUGGUCUCUUUGCCGACCUUCUUGAUUGCUCAAUAAAAGUGGCUGGGACGAGUGGAGAUGGCCAGGAGCUCUCGGAAGCACUGCUCGAGAAUCUUAACAUAAAAUCGGAUCGUACGGAAGACACCGUCAGUGUUGUAUUCGCUAUUUUCGAGCAAGAACUACAACAUCAGUGCGAGCAACCUGGCGUUGAGGGCUCUUUAGAUCUACUUGUCAACUGCACACACUUCAUACACGCUAUGGUUUCAAUCUCACCCGAUCGCGUCUGGCCAUGGCUUGCUCGGAGCCGGCUCUUGGAAGUUGGUACUUCUGGUGGUAGUUUGGCGAAAAUACUCGUUGGCUCUGAAAUAGUCCUUGGACACUACGACUUCUUAUUGGGUUGCAUUCGAUUGUUCCAAGCCUUGGUUGAAGAUGCUAUAACACAAUGUGUCAAGCGCAAGUCCUCUAAGAAGGCUGUCACGAGGUUUGGAUCAGCUCCAUCCAUUAGUGGGACGUCCGAGAAGAGCAUGAGUAGUACUCUUUUGAUAUUCGGGAGGACGUUAACGGGUAUUUUUGAAGGCUCCUCAAGUUGGAGGUAUAUCCAAAUCGACCAGAAACUUGGGAUCAACAUACUGCUAAGUAAUGUCUUCGAAACUAUCCUCGAGUACGUCUAUGGUUUCGACAACGACGACAAGCUUUCGGAAGUUGAGGAAGAAAAACCUCCGCUCAACGACAAGAAGUUUUUGCAGAAACUCGUUGUGGUUUUGGAACCAAUCGCAGAGUAUCUCGUCGAUUUGUUUUUGUCAACCUCCGAGAACGACCUGCCGACGAAUCCCAUCAUCAGUGUAUUUAUUGCUACGUCUGACAUCCAGCCUACCUCGAUUUUGACAAAAGCCAACAAAACAUGGUCUCGACAAACCCGUUCAGCGCUUCAGUUUUCAAAUACCCUUAUCCGCAUCGGCAUGCAGCUUGGAAGAACAGGCACUCACUUCGAGCAUCAACUGUUUAAAGCAGCACCACUUCUAGCCCGACUCUACGCCAUCGAUGAGGUGUAUAGAUCUCCGGUCGUGAUCUUGCUUGAAAGCUUAGUGCGAAGCGCUGCUCAAACGGAUGGAGAACCGCCUUCACUAUUGGGUCAUCUUGGCCCCGGAACCGCAAAAUGCUUUCUGCAGAUCGUGUCAACUCUGGACCAGCCUUUCAAAACAGCCGAGGUUGAGAUUGAUAUCUGGAGGCUACUCUCGGCCGUUGUCAGUUGCAAACAGCAAUGGCUCGCGAUUUACUUACUCACCGGUAAUACGCCCAAAGAAUCGCUGAAACACGAGGGCACUGCUGCAUCGAACACUCGCGGUAAAGCUCUGUUUACACUCGCACUCGAUGAACUUUCCCAAGUUGACGUAUCAAACCCUCGACGAACAAUUGCCAUGCUCGAAUUCGUCAUAUUAGCUCAGAACACCUGGCCAUGGGCGAUGAGCAGCCUCCGGGGUCAUCAAAAGAUUGUUCCUGGGCUUUUGGCGUUCUUAAAAACUUUGCGGACCCAAGAGAUUAGGAAUGAGACAGAAAUACGCAUCAUCGAGAAGAGCAAUGAAAAUAAGAUCGCCGCUCUCAUAACGGAAUUCCUAGCCAUGUACCUCCACAUCGCUCGACAAUUAGGAGACAUGUCAUCGCUAUCAAACAUAAUAGCAGGCUUAGGCUACCUAGAAAACUGUGGGGUGUCGGUGCCCACAUAUAAUGCCUCAUUGCACGCCAACCUGAAGAACAAUCUGAAGAAAAAGUUCGAAGGAACUGGAGUGUAUUUGAUAUGCUUCAAGAAGACAGAACUCAUGCCUUCCGAGUUUGGUCGAGACUUUUUCUAUGAUAUUGCAUUCGCCGAAAAGCUUCUUGGGUUCGACGCUUCGUGGAAAAACGGCUAUGAAGCAGAGUUCCGUACGGCAAAUGCUAAUCUUAGUCUUGUCGAGUCGCAGAUUUUGCUACUCAAGGGUUGGAAACUGCUUGCAUCCGAACUAAGCAACUUUGUCACAAAGGACAAGAGACUAGAGCGAACUCUAAUCACGGUCGCCCGUGAUUGCUUAGAAGCUAACGCCGAUUCUUGUAUACCAGAGCAGCUAUUCGGCCGCUUAAUGACGCUGAGGGUGGAGUUCGCUUUCGUGCUCAUCCAGAAGCUAGCAAACGCGAAAAUCCAAGACGAAGCUGCUAAAAAGCUCUUCAUUACUGUCUGGAAGGCCGUCAUAGCCAUGAGACCGAACUUCGAGACCGCUCUCGUUGACAAGCAAUCCGACUACUAUCGUUCUCUUCUCAAGGUCCUGUUUCUCUCUUUAAGAUUCCUUCUUCCGACUUCUGCGUCUCCUGAGAUACCAGAUUUGCGAAAAUCGAUGGCACGCACAGGAACAAGGCACCACAAUGCGCUAGUAAACGAUGUUCCUCAGACUCUGCUCGAAAUCCUUGCAGAAUCAGUAGCCAAAGGCUUCCAUGGUCUAGCAAACCAGCUUCACGAGGACAAAGAUAGCUGCUCGCCUUCCGAUUUCGUUCUUCUCACAGGCCUCCUCCAGACAAUCCUAGGCUUACCUGAGAUGCGCCUACACCAGUCUGAAGCGGCACUCCUCUUCCAGAACCAUAAUACGAGUCGCUAUGCCACAAGCCUCUUUUCGUGGUCCGACCAACUCGCCAAAGACCGUGAUCCCAUAUACGGCGAGCUCAGCAUUCUCUUCCUCCUCGAGCUCUCCAGUAUGCCCAUCAUGGCUGAGAACCUCGCUGUCGACGGCGUGCUCUCCCGUCUCAACGCCGCGAACAUCAUAAACUACUACCGCCGUCCCCACGGUAUGGGCCCCUUUGACGACCCGCCUCGCCUCUUCUCUAUCUGGACUCGUGGCAUCCUGCCCCUAUGUCUAAACCUCCUCGACGCCGUCGGCGCCCCUAUCGCUGCAGAGGUCGCAACUUUCUUGAACCAGUUCCCCACCCAACUCGCGCGCGCCUCCGCUUGCCUAAACUCCCGCAAUGCCCCGACAGCCGCAAAUCCAAACGCAGGGCGGAUCACGCUCGGCAUGGCAUCGGAAGCACACUCCCUCGCCCUCAUCACGCUUGUGCUGGACCAACUUCGUGAGUCGGCAGCAACCGUCGGUAUCAUAGCAUCCGAUGUCCCGGAGCUGGAGUGGGACAAGGCCAUCGUCAAGGAGGAUAUAGAGGAGUGGAUGGCGGGGCGACGCGGACUGCGAGACCGCAUUGCGCCGACGAAUGAGCGAGAGGUGGCGCUUGCUGGGAUCCGGAGUCAGAGGGAAGGGGCGGAGAAUGUGCUUGAGGAGCGAGUGGUGGCGGAGUUUGAGGCUGCGGUGGAGUGUUUGGGGGGUUCGAGCUCGUAGAUAUGGGAUGGGGCUGUGUGGCCUGCCUCAGGCAAGGGUGGGAGUGAUAGUCUCGGUCUGAUUUAGCGGCUUGGGCGAGCAUGGUUGGAACGAAAAUGGGCGUAUAGGCGAUUGGAUCAUUUUUUUGGUGCCAAGGUUGGAGCUCUUCUUGGAGAUGAGGGUCAUGCUAGUGUAGUGGUAGUUUGAUCACAAUCCAUUCCUUUUCCAUAC